AUGACCUUUCUUAAUUCUUAUCAAAGUGUUGGCGAGGGCCAUAGAAAUUUACUCCUACUCCGUAUUUGCCACAAAUGUUGGCACUAUGUCGUUAUUUCAAUUUUUUUCAACAACCCAGCCUGGGCAGUCCUCAGCAGAGCAAUCCCUCUCCUCCACAUCACUGCCUGCCACCAUAUUCAACACUCACCUUUUCCCGAUAAAAGUUGGCACCGAGUUACUCUCAGUAUAUAGAUCUUCCCUUUCUCUUCUCUCUUAUUUCAUCUCAUUAUCGGCGAUCAAAAUGACGGCAGCGAGCGCUUCACCGGCUGUGUUUCUGGUUUCCAACUCGAAUCAUGGAAACCUUUUCUUUCAGGAUAUCUUCUCUAGCCGAGGGUUCCUCAAAUUGCACUGGAAGAGGAGCCAUCCGUGCUCGAGAUCUCGGAAUUUCAGAGUUUUUUGCAAUUCAACGGAAGUUCAAAUUAGGAAAUGCUCACCUGUUCUAGAGAGCAUGUUUCUGUCAGGGACUGUCUCAUUUUCAUCUUCUGAAUACAAAGCAGUUCCUGAUAUUUGGAAGUCAGCAGCAGAGAAGUUUGGCAAUCACAUAGCUUUAGUCGACCCAUACCAUAAUCCUCCAACACAUUUGAGCUAUAAGCAGCUUGAAAAGGAAAUUCUUAGCUUUGCUGAAGGUCUUAGAGUUGUUGGGUUAAAACCAGAUGAAAAGAUUGCACUUUUUGCUGAUAAUUCAUGCCGAUGGCUGGUUGCAGAUCAAGGUAUAAUGUCCACUGGGGCAGUCAAUGUGGUGAGGGGUUCAAGGUCAUCAGCUGAAGAGCUUUUGUCUAUAUACAACCAUUCUGAAAGUGUUGCACUUGUUGUCGACAAUCCUGAAAUGUACAGCCGAAUCGCAGAGACCUUCCACUCCCGGGUAGAUGUAAGAUUUGUCAUCUUACUUUGGGGGGAAAAAUCAAGUAUCAGAAGCGAAGUAAUAGAUGGACUCCCCAUAUAUAGGUAUACCGAGAUCUUAGACCUGGGCAAUAAGAGUCAUAUGGCUCUACUUCACUCACAAGAAGCUGGGCGUCAGUUUAUAUAUGAACCAAUCAACUCUGAUGAUGUUGCCACACUUGUUUAUACUAGUGGAACUACUGGCAAUCCAAAAGGUGUUAUGCUUACACAUAAGAAUCUGCUUCACCAGGUUUUGAAUCUCUGGGAUCCUGUACCUGUUCUGCGUGGCGAUAGAUUCCUCAGCAUGCUUCCUCCUUGGCAUGCAUAUGAACGCGCUGCUGAAUACUUCCUACUCUCUUUUGGAUGUGAACUAGUAUACACUACUGUAAAAAACUUAAAGGAAGAUCUAAAACGUUAUCAGCCACAGUACUUGAUAUCGGUUCCUUUGGUAUAUGAAACAUUGUACAGUGGAAUACUGAAGCAGAUUAAUAAAAGCAGCGCCGCUCGUAAGCUCAUCGCCUUAUCUUUUUUAAAGAUCAGUUUGGCAUACAAGGAGGCCAAAAGGAUAUAUGAGGGGAAAUGCCUAACAAAAGAUCAGAAACACCCUAAUCUUGUUUCAGUUUUGGACUGGUUAUGUGCCAGAGCCAUUGCUGCUCUAUUGUGGCCAUUGCAUUUCUUGGCGAGGAAAGUGGUUUACAGUAAAAUUCACUCGAAUAUUAAUAUUUCUAAGGCUGGAAUAAGUGGAGGCGGUAGUCUUUCUUCACAUGUUGACAAAUUUUUUGAGGCAAUCGACAUUACAAUACAAAAUGGAUAUGGUUUAACAGAGUCAUCUCCUGUUGUUGCAUGUCGGCGUCCAAACUGUAAUGUCAUUGGUUCAAUUGGACAUCCCAUUCAGUACACAGAAAUAAAAGUUGUUGAUGCUGAAACCGGUGAGGCCCUCCCUCAUGGUUCCAAAGGCAUUGUCAAAGUCAAGGGACCGCAAGUGAUGAAAGGCUACUACAAGAAUCCAAUCGCUACAAAGCAAGCAAUUGAUGAAAAUGGAUGGCUAAAUACUGGCGAUCUUGGUUGGAUUGUACCUCAUCAUUCUGUAGGACGAUCCCGCAAUGCUUCAGGUGUUAUUAUUCUCGAAGGUCGUGCCAAGGAUACUAUAGUGCUUUCAUCAGGUGAAAACAUUGAACCAUCUGAGAUUGAAGAUGCUGCAAUGGGUAGCAAUUUAAUUCAACAGAUUGUUGUAAUUGGCCAGGAUAGACGCCGUCUUGGAGCUAUUGUUGUACCAAAUAAGGAAGAGGUCCUUUCCACAGCAAAAAAGUUGUCUUUUGUUGAUUCUGAUGCCACUGAAGUCAGUAAGGAGAAAACAGCUAGCAUACUACAUGAAGAAUUAGUAAAAUGGACAGCAGGGUGCACAUUUCAAAUUGGGCCUUUCCUCGUCGUUAAUGAGCCUUUUACGGUUGAUAAUGGUUUAUUGACUCCUACAAUGAAAGUUAAGAGAGAUAAAGUAACAGCUCUAUAUAAGGAGCAAAUAGAUGCUCUAUACAACUGAUGCGAACUACCCAAGACAUUUGUAUGUAACUUUCGUUCUUCUAUAUAUAUAAUAUACCUCCUGCCCUGAGGAGGGGGGGGGGGCAUUUUCAUUUACUCAGACUCAUUGGACAAGACUCAUACCGUUCUUAGUAUUAGAAACAUCUCUUAUUUUGACAAAUGUAAAUUUCAAUAACUAUAUUUGUGUUUA